GAUUGGAGUCCGUACUGUAUUAUUGGGUACCGUAGAUUGGGCUUAAUGUAAUUCUGGUUAUAUCGCAUCAGUCUGGAAUCUGAAAUUUGGAGUCUGGAGUCUGGAGAGGUAGUGAUCGCAUGCAAAGGCCGGCCUGUUGAAGUGUUGAUUAUGAUAUUCAGAGGACUAUGUAGCCCUUAUUUCAAAGAAAAUAGGCUAUUAAACUUCGGGUUUUUUGUUGACCAUCCGGCGAUCAUUCAGGCACCAAUCUGUAAAUGUGGGGUGGUGUUUGGUAGAUGUGUUCAGCGUGGCACUGAUGGUGGUGAUGACCAGGUGUCAUCUCAAUCUGUAAAAGCGUUUGGUAAGCAUUCCAUAGGUGGGAAAGUUCAUAUUAGUGGCGAGUGUGGUGCUUGUAAAGUGUGCUCUGCUCCCUGUUCAUCUUGUCUGCAUCUUAAUAGAUCAUUUAUGGGGUCAAAGGCUGAUGAAUUUUCUGAUGAAACCUGUCGUGUUAAUGCGGCUAGUCAAUAUUCUAUCAAUGUGGGAGAUGCUUCAUCUUCUUUUAAGCGAAAAGCAUGUGACAGUUUACAACAUACCACCAGUGAGACUAGUAACCUGCUUAGUGUUAAUUCAAGUCACGAUUCUUUGUCUGAAAAUGCUGAAAGCAAAGCAACAAUGAGGUCUUCUGAUACAUCUGUUGAAGUCCAUGAUGAUAACAUUUCAUGUAUAAGUAGAGCCAAUGAUGCAAAUCAAGCAGUCAGUAACCAUAACAGGAAUGUAGAAUGGAAGAAUUUGUCUUGUAGUUUAGCUUCUGGAAAGGCACAUAAGUCAGUCAUGUCGGACACAGUAAAAGCUGGAGAUUCUGGUGAUAGCACAGAAAAGGGAAAACUGCCAGAAUUUUUUGGACAUGUGGAUUCAUCAUUUAAGAAUAAGUCGGAUAUUAUUGUUGGCCAGAAAUUUGUUUCUUAUAAAAGUUUAGGGGUCCCUACAAAAUUAUGUCCAAAGACAGAAGUAGAGAGUAAUGGACAAGACCCAAAAGAUGAUGCUUCAAAGAGUUUGGAUCACGGUAAGAAAGAUGUUAAGUCUAGUGAGUUGGUUGAAGUAGCUGACAUGCAGCCCUUGCAAUCUGCAUCUGGGGAUGACAGUGAUGAAUCGGACAUUGUGGAGCAUGAUGUAAAAGUAUGUGAUAUUUGUGGGGAUGCAGGCCGCGAAGAUAUGCUUGCCAUGUGUAGUAGGUGCAGCGAUGGUGCAGAACACAUCUAUUGUAUGCGAAAAAUGCUUCGGAGAGUUCCUAAAGGUCCAUGGCUGUGUGAAGAAUGCAAGUUUGCCGAGGAAACCGAUAACCAGAAGCAAGGUUCAGAUGUGGAGGUGAAAAGAAUGGAGAAAGUGAUUACGAGUACACAAAUCUCUAACAAGAGACUUGCAGAAAGCGUAGAAAUGGCUCCUUCUGUGAAAAGGCAGGCUCUUGAAAUGCGUGUGGGAUCACCAAAAGCAUCUAGCCCUAAGAGAAUGGGUGCUUUAUCACGCGAAUCUUCAUUCAAAAGCUUAGAUAAGGACAGGUUGAGGUCAGCUUAUCCGAUUUCUCAGUCUACUAAUGAUAUAUCAGAAACUGCACGUUCUCCUUCAAACGGUUUACGGGCCAAGGGUACAUUUUCAAAGUCAAAUUCGUUCAACACCUUAAUCUCUAAACCAAAAGUCAAACUUGUAGAUGAAGUUGUUCCUCAAAAGCAAAAGGGGUCUAAAGAACAUGCUUCCCUUGAUAUGAAGGAGAGGGUGGUGUCCAGAAUGAUGGGCAGAUCUAUGUCUUUCAAAUCUGCUAGCUCAGGGCGUUCAAAUGUGUCUGAAACAAAAGUUAAAAUGCUCUCGUCAAAAUUUAGCCAUGUUCCAGAUCUUAAAGGAUUGAAACAAGCAAAAGAGUGGAGCACAGUUGAAAGAAAAAAUUUGUCCAAACUAGACCGCCCCAAGGCUAAUUUGAUAACAGCUAGUCCUAUUUUCUCAACUCCUAAGAGUGACCUUGCAUCUCGUGGUGAGACUAGUUUGCUUUCAUCUGUGAGCAAUCGAGAGCCAAAGGUUGCACUGCCUGAUGGAAAAUUAAGUACUUCAUCAAAAUCUAAUCUUACUCGUAAAGGUGUUGACACUCAAGUUGCUUCAGGUGGAGGUUCAUCUAUGAAUGGAAUGUCUAGUUCUGCUUCUGAACAAAGGUCAAACCAGGUUAGCUCUAAGGAUGAAUCCUUAUCCAGCUAUUCUGGGACCGUUGAGACAUCACGCUUUAAUUUAGAUGGAACAUUAGAAGAUGUGUUACCACAAUCAGGGGAAAUGGCAGAUCAGGAUGAUAAGGCCAGGGAGAGCUCUGUUCGCUGUAGGCCUGCUGUUGUAGCUAGUCCAAAAUUUAAAGAGAGAGGUAAUAACACGGAAUUUGGCGGAGCUGGAAUUUCACAGACUUCUGGUACUGAUGCUUGUGCUCCUAGAAGUUCUAGGGAGGAGAUACAGAGAGGUAAUAGGUUGAAAGAUGCUAUUCAUGCAGCUUUGCUUCGAAAGCCUGAAAUAUACAGAAAGAACAGAGUGCUCGAUCAAUCUGACGAGUUGUCCACGUCGAACAUGGACUUAAGUUAUGAAGUAGCUACUCAAGAGCAGUCACCUGAUGGUCAUGCAAUCCUUGGGACUUCUCCUUCUGACUCUUACAAUAAUACAACUGUCAAUAAUUUAAAGCAGCUUACAGGGCAGCCCAUUGAUUCUGGGUUCCCUUCCAAAGUGGCAGACUCUUUUUCUGUUGUUCAUUCUCAGGGCAAGCCUACAGUGAAAGAUUUUCAUAAUCAUGCUUUAGGGGCAAUGUCUGUUCUUGUGAAGACAACAGCCAUUCCAGAAUAUGAAUACAUCUGGCAGGGGAGUUUUGAAGUGCGGAGAGGUGGAAAUUUUCUGGAUUUAUGUGGUGGAGUUCAAGCUCACUUGUCAACUUGUGCAUCGCCAAAGGUCCUUGAAGUGGUAAACAAAUUUCCGCACAAAAUUCCUCUGAAUGAAGUUCCUCGCCUGAGUGUAUGGCCAUCACAGUUUCAUCAAAGUGGUGCUAAAGAAGAUAAUAUUGCACUUUAUUUCUUUGCCAAAGAUCUUGAUAGUUACGAAAGACACUACAAGAGCCUGUUGGAUGCUAUGGUCAAGAAUGAUCUCGCCCUCAAAGGGAAUUUUGAUGGUGUUGAACUUCUGAUAUUCCCAUCCAAUCAGCUUCCUGAGAAAUCACAACGUUGGAAUAUGCUAUUUUUCCUUUGGGGUGUGUUCAGGACAAUGAGGGUGCAUUGUUUAGAUUUUACCGAGACAUGUGUUCCCAGCUCGAGAAACUCAUUCAAUAAAGCUCCUACUGAUGCCAUGACUUUGUCUGAGAGUGAGAACAUAUGUAUACCUAAGCAUAUGGAUGAAUCUUCUCCUUCUGACAGAUCUUGUGAUGUUCCCUGUGCUUCCAAGGCGCGUCUGCAUAUGGGCCCCACAGUUAGUAAGGAUCGUGAGAACAAAGAUACUUAUCCUGAAGAGGUGCGUUCAGGUUCAAAAGUGAACUUGGUGGUACAGGAUUGUAGACUUGAUUCCAACACAACAAACAAUACUGGCUUGUCUGAAGGAGUUGAAUGCAUCACUUCUUGCCUGCAGGAAAGUUGUAUUCGAGAGAGCAGAGUUGGCACAGAAAUUAAAUCUUUUAUUCCAACAACUGGGUCAAAUAGCUCUAACAAAGGUGAGAAUAGGCAAGUGCAUUGGGUCACUUCUGUUGAAAGGGAAGACACUGAUUCUGUGGAGAUUCGUCCUGUUUCCCAUCAAGAGGUAGCCGUUGCUGGGAGUGUGGGUCAGGAGAGAUUUCCAGAUAGAAAGAAAAGGGUUGGUAUCGCCAGAGGGGUUGAGGAGGUGAUUCUGGACAGAGUGAACAUGGAUAAAGCUGAUUUUAAACAAGAGAGGGAAUUGGGGAGAGAUCAUGGAUAUAAGGAACCAGAAGCAGCCAGAGUCAACUCUUGUCAGCCUAGUGAUAGAAAACACCCAGACAUACCUAUUUCAGAUAGAACAACUUCUGCAGCAAGUCAAGAAAUGCCAUGGAAUGAGGUGAAUAUUACACAGAUGGAUGCCAAGAUUGGUAGUAAGAAGCCAAAAAUUGGUUCAAGUGGAUUUGAUAGCUGUAGCACUUCUAGAGGUACAAGCACUGUGGUUGAGGAGAAGAGAUGCUUUGAAGCCUGUGAGGAGAAAGUUAUUCCAGAGGACUUGGGAAAUACUGAAAGGUACUUCUUUCCUUUGGAUUCACGGCAUGUUCAUCAUUUUGGGCCAGUUGACCACUCAGUGCCGUGGAAAGAUUUCUCUCCAGGGUAUGAGGAUAAGUCUCGCGAAGGGUUCCCAAGUCUCGAGCUAGCUCUAGGGGGAGAAACAAAACCACAAAAUAAGGGAAUGCUGCCCUUCUUUGUUGGGUCAGCAGACAAGAAGGACAACAACCAAGAUGAGCCUUUAGAAGCAGCGGUAGUGGAUGAGAAAGAUGAUGAUGUGUCUGCAUCGCUUUCCCUUUCCCUUUCAUUCCCAUUCCCAGACAAGGAACAACCUGGGAAACCUGUUUCAAAACCGGAGCAGCUUCUGCCUGAAAGACACCAUGUGAAUACAUCACUGCUUCUCUUUGGGCGCUUGCCAGACAAAUGAAGUGAAGAUGAAUUGCUGCGUUAUGUAAAUUAUGUUGCGUUUGAAAUGCAUGUGGCAGUCGUGGCUGAUGAUCUUGCCUGGAUGCGUCGUUGGUCUUUCUCAAAUAUAGGAUUUACCAAUACUUUUUCUAGUGUUUCUGUGCUGUUUUUAGAUGUUUGGUAUUUGAGUGCGGUAGUAUUACUAUUACUAUUACGGCUGUUUGUAUAUAAAGAGAAAUAAGCCACCAUAAUUUUAAGAAGUCAUUAGGAAUUUGCAAGCCAA